AUGAGGCUUUCCAUUGAAAGAAAUAGAGAUUUUGGAAGAAUUGAGAUUUGUCCAAAUCCAUCCAGUGAAAGUAUCAUUGAAGCCAAAUUUCUUGAGAACCUACAUCAAAAACAACCAGUUAAUAAUAUCAAAUGCCUUUUUAAUUUGCACUUUCAUAACCAGUUUACCACCAUAAGCUUUCUUGUGUAUCAAAUUAUCAGCUUCCGAAGUAAGCCCUAUACAAUCUUUAAUGCGUCUCCCUUGAACAAAACCUUUUUGCUAUCUGGAAAUGAUAAUAGGCAUAAUGGGAGAAAGUCUAUCUGCAAUAACCUUAGAAGUGACUUUAAAUUUAAAGUUAGCUAA